AUGAGCGGCCGUAAGCGACGGCGAUCGAUGGCACGCCGCAUGCCGACCGAUCUGUGGACGUCGCCGUCGGUUGUUAGCGGUUACAAAAAAAGCUCUCAGCUCGCAAUCAGCGCUGGCAGCGAAUGUGCCCGAACGAGAGACGGCGUGCCGGCCGCGGGGCCAAUUACAAGCCCAAUCGGACAGCGCGCUAUGGUUAAUUGGAGAGAUUCCCGACGCCUGGCUCCCGGCGUGUUCGCGUCAACCCUCCCGUGCAUCAAUUACCGGUCGCCCGAUGAACGUGCACACCGCACAAAAGUCACCACUCGAUUCCAACACGCUCCGUUGUGCGCAAUAACAAACGGA